UACCAGCAAAACAUGGCCAUGAUGUUUUGUUGUGGUUGAUGCCCGAAGCGAUUUUUCCCGCUUUUUUCUGUGUUGUGCUAGAAAUGAAAAUUUUGUUCUAAGAAUUUGCACAUUUUUACAGUCAUUCAACAAUUACAGUAUAAACGACUUGUAUACAGCACUUGCAGCUUAGAAGAUAUUCGGUGGUGUUCCAUGUGUUUUCUAUUCGAUUUCAUGGUCUUUACUUAUUUCCCGUACCGAUAGGAUCGUGCCAAAACAUUCCCAUGUGAAGUGCAUGCAGUGAAGUGAAGUGAAAUGAUGAGCAGCCAAAAUACUGUUUUCGACUGUCGAUCACCAAAUGCAGACCAAUCGUACGGUCUACGAAUCUUUGCCCGGAAUGGAGGAAUAUCGUUUGGCCUUCCUUUUGAGAUGGAUAAAACCACAGACAUAUUCGGCAUCGAAGUACGCCAAUGGUACGACCAGUUGGUGAACUAUUUGUCGCAAAUGGCACGGGAACGCAUUCAAAAGCUGCAACUCUACGAAACUCUCGAAACAGGCAACCACAUUCGUGUGCAACGACGAGAAAUUACAAGGUUCUUACGCCUAGUUUUGGGUAACGCAACAUGUAUGGAAGGACAAGUGAUAAGCGAAAGUAUUUCGAUGGUCCUUGGUGCCUUACCCGAUUUAAUGGAUCCCCUGCUAAAGAACGGAUGGAAUAGUCUUUGUGACAAGGAGAGCUGCGGAUAUCAAAUUUUCCAUGGUGUGCUGGAAUGGCGUUGGCUUCUUAUGUUGAUUCUUAAAGAUGUGAAGGAAUGUACCAUGACUACAAAUGACGAAUUUCUUAUCGAUAUGUUCGAAAAGAGAACAGUUACAACGUUCGGAAAAAUAUAUGGUGAAAUGAUGGCCGAUAUGCUGAAAUUAUCGUAUCAUCUGUUCCAGAUGUAUGGAGUUGAUAAUAUUAUUGUCAAAACUCCGUAUACAUGUUUCUGUACGAAGCUCAUGUGGCUUGGCAUGAUGGUGCUCGCGGAUACAACAAAGAAAGUCGACUUCUGGAUUUGUUUGAACGAUAACAUGCCGGCAACUGCAAAGGGAAGAAGUGAUGGUUAUCUGUUUCAAAUAUGGUUAAUGAAUGCGUUAACCAAAUUCUACGAACAUGGUCCGACGUUGGAAAACGAUAAAGCCAGCGAGACACUGCUAUCUGGUUACACGGCUGCUGAUGAUAUUGCGAAAAAAUUUCUGAAAUCAGACGUGAAGGAGAUACAAGUUAGACAGUUUUUGCUGCUUUUGGACCCGAUAAUUUCUGUGUUAUGGCCGGAACGAUUUGAAACUGUGAUCGCUGUCUGGGAUUAUUUUAGCGUUCGUCUGAACUCAUGCUUCGUUGCGCUUUGCGAUCCCGUGAAAGUUAUGAGUAGCGCUAGUCAUUCUGUAGCUGGAUUCAUAGAACAAGCCACCUUGCUGGUAGCACCGGAAACAAAAGAGAACCAUUUAAACCUGCAAAAGAAUAGCUUCCACCUGUUUCUCAUCAUGUUAAGUAAGAUAAUACGGCAUUGUACGGCACAAGCGCUUAAUAGAAAGGUACAAAUUAUUUUCAAUCGCAUUUACCUCAAACUCGGACCAACAAAAUUUGAAAAUAUGACAGAGCAAGCUAUACACAACCUCGGGUUGUUGUUCCUAACCAUGACCAGUGCUACAAGUUUUGAAAAUGACUAUCCCAGAAUGUCGCAACUAAUUCAGAACAUCCCGUUAAGUGGACCAGCAAACUUUCCAGUAGAUGCUAGAAUCAACCGUAUCCUAGUUGCUACGCAAGUCCACAUGGCACUGUUGGUUUUAUUUACCGGUUCAAGCUUCGAUAAAAGUGCACAUAUUGCUUCAUUUUUGGGAAGCAUUGAUAUACAAUAUAAAAAGUACGGAGAUAGGAUGCAACCGGCACUGAAAAUUAUUGUCGAAGGAAUGGAUUUAAUCUACAAUAAGGCUAUCUUAAAAAAAUCGUUUAACCGUGGCGAAAAACAUUUCAUAAAGCCUUGGAUGCUGAAAUAUCUACGUUACCGAUCAUCUGAGAGAGAGAAGCAGAAGCUUCUCCAAGUUAUAGUCGCAUCACUGAACUGCAACGAUGAAUCGUUGGAUGAUGAGUAUUGCAGCGCAAUAGACCAGUACGUUAUGCCGUUUGUGAAGGAAAAGUUUACAAAUAAGGCCUCUCCUCCAUGCAUUGCUCAAAUAGCUGCCCGUUUGACAAUACUUAAAUCAGCCAGUGACACCAGUACGGUCGUUCAUAUGCCUUCGUUUUUUACUACCUAUAUCAAUUGUCCAACCGCUUGCCCGGAGCUGGUGCUAGUUUACUUGAAAGAGUUAAUACAAAGUUCAAAAAUGUUGUCCAUAAUAGGAGAUAAAGUAAUCAUUCAACAAUGGUUGAAACUGGGAUUCUAUUUUGACCGCGAAAGCAUGUUAGAACUCACCCGCGUUGUUUAUGGCUUAAAGGAAUUUAAAGCUAUAUGCGACAUUCCAAAAUAUGACAUGUUCGAAAGCAAAGAAAACCUAAUUAAACUAUUUUUCGUCUUUGUUGCCAAACGCUAUAAGGAAUCGGAUACUGCUACACAGCUGGAAAUGAAAAGCAAACUGCAUGGCAUAUUCCAGAAUUUUGACGGAUGGAUAUCUAAUCCUGAAGGUAUUAUUAGAAGGCGCAUACUAGCUGGACUUGUUUCAGCAUUGAAGGAAUGCCCGGAAGUGUUUUAUAUAGAGUCGGAUUACAGCUGUUUGUACAACAUAGCAUUCAAUCAUUUUUUUCUGCCAGUGUCUAUGCUUGUUUAUAGUAAAAUAGAGCAAGACUGCAUAGAGGCUAUUGCAAGCAUUUGGCACGACGUUAUGGCUAUAAUUGGUAAAAUGGAUUACAGAGGUGACGUAGCAAUACAAGAUACUACCUACAACAUGAUAGACAAAUGGAUACCGUAUUUUGCCAAGCUCACAAAUCCCAAUGAUGCAGUAAAACCAAUGCUUCUAUUUUUUUGCAGCCGCAACGAAGAAUUAUUGCUUUACACGAUGCCUCGUUUUGUAAAGAUGUUUGUAGAUCUAGAACGAUGUCUUCCAAAACCAAACGCACUACCAGUUAUGCAAAUGUUGAAAAGACUUAUCAAAACGCUCGUCCAUCGUAAGAAUUAUGAAACAAUAGCACUUUUCAUUCGUUUAAUGGGGACAUCAAUAACACAACACGCUUAUAUGUGUAACGAAUUGUAUUCUACUAGAAGCAUCGCUUUGGAAAUAGUAUUUGAGUUGAUAGACAGCACAGAAGGACCGUCAGAUUUGGUGAAACAAGCAAUGGGAAACGUUUUUCUUUCAUUCACUCUCAAGUGCUUCCCGUUUUCUGAUAAAUGUUACAUUAACUUCGCGUGUCGUCUUUUUGAUUAUAAUCCCAAUUUUAUUCGUUCCAUGAUUGAUUUAAUUCGCUGUGACGUUGGUGAAGUAGAAAUAUCAUGUGGUCAGCAAAACGAUAAUAUUCUGCAGAAGGCAUUGGAGCGUUUAGAGCAUGCAUUCAAAGAGAAUAAUACCUAAACAAUAUUGUUAACCGACAGAGUUGUACACAUUGUUAAAUAAAGGAAAGAAUAACGAAAAAAAUAA